AACAGGGCACAUGCUGGUGAGGUGAGCUGUUUAGUGGCUGGUCUUUUUUUAUCGACAGAGAGAGGGAAGUGAAGGCGAGUUCGCUGCCGGAGCGCACGGAGAGCUUCCAUUUUACGCACCGAGGCAUCCGGAGCCGCCGCUGAAAAAAAAGAGAAGCAGCUUCGCGGACCGACAACGUGUCGCUGUGCAGGCAUUCUGCAGCCGUCGGCGAGGUGGUGGCGAUUUUUGAAGAAGCGGAGAAAACUGCAAGCUGCUCUUUCAUCUCGUCAGCUUUUGAGGAGGAGGCGGCGGCGAGGGACCAGGGGUGUCCCCCCGUUUUGUGUGUAACUCGGCGUGUGCGUGCUUGCGCGUGUUUGUGUGUGUUUGGAACAAGAGAGAGGAGAGAGAGAGAGAGAAAGAUACGAGGGUAAAACAGAUCGGACGCGCGGCGUAGGAGACAGCUGCUUUUGGACACGUUUUGGAAACAGAAGCUGCUCGACUGCAAAAAGGCUGCACACGAGAGAGAAAAAAAGAAUAUAAACACAACUUACUUUGCAUCACCUCUGCCGUCCGUUAAUUUGAACGCGUUAUUAAUAUUAUUUCGGGGGAGCUUUUGAGCGUCUCCCAAUCUGCUGGACAAGUUUGGCGGCUGAAGGACGCACCUCGGGACUUUGACGCAGACGUCUCCCCGACUUCUUUCUCGCUGGACAUGGGCGCAUCUGACGCCAAGCAGCGGUAGACGGAGAGCUCAGAGCCGCUGUCCUCUUUUUCCUCCUAUCUCUUGCAGAGUGGACCCACUUUUGAAAGAGAGUGUUUUUUUCUAGCUGGGCCUAAGGCCGACUUGUUUAAAGGACCUUUUUUUGCUUCCGGCAACAGCGAAGAGACCAAGUCUUCCUCCCUCAGCUUUCACUCCCUCUCUCACUUUUUUGGAAGCUGAACUUUUAAAGGAAAAUGGGGCAUUGAGAGGGUUGGCAGAUCUCCCCACGCUAUAAUGGCUACUGACACCUACCUGGUGAACGACGAUCCUACUAGAGGCCCAGGGAUGCCUGAAUGUUUCCUCGUAUCCGACACAUAUAGGGAUGAAUUCCACCCCUUCAUCGAGGCCCUUCUGCCCCAUGUCCGCGCCUUCGCCUACACCUGGUUCAACCUGCAGGCCCGCAAGCGCAAGUACUUCAAGAAGCACGAGAAGCGCAUGUCCAAGGAGGAAGAGCGCGCGGUGAAGGAUGAGCUGCUGGGGGAGAAGCCAGAGAUCAAGCAGAAGUGGGCCUCGCGCCUGCUGGCCAAGCUCCGUAAGGACAUCCGGCCUGAGUUCCGUGAGGACUUUGUGCUCACCAUCACGGGGAAAAAGCCCCCCUGCUGCGUGCUGUCCAACCCCGACCAGAAGGGCAAGAUCCGUCGCAUCGACUGCCUGCGCCAGGCCGACAAGGUGUGGCGGCUGGACCUGGUGAUGGUCAUCCUGUUCAAGGGCAGCCCCCUGGAGAGCACGGAUGGAGAGCGGCUGGUCAAGUCACCACAGUGCACCAACCCUGGCCUGUGCGUCCAGCCACACCACAUUGGAGUGUCCGUCAAGGAGCUGGACCUCUACCUGGCCUACUUCGUCCACACGCCAGAAUCUGGACAAUCAGACAGUUCCAGCCAACAGGGGGACACAGACAUCAAACCACCUCCCAAUGGGCACCUGAGUUUCCAGGACUGCUUCGUCACUUCAGGGGUGUGGAAUGUGGCGGAGUUGGUCAGGGUGUCACAGACUCCUGUAGCAACAGCAUCAGGUCCUAACUUCUCACUGGCUGACCUGGACAGCAGUCCCAGCUACUACAACAUUAACCAGGUGGCUCUGGGACGGCGCUCCCUCACCUCCCCUCCUUCCACCAGGUCUGAGGUGGAGUUGUACGCAAACCUUCCACGGAGCUCCACCAAGAGGAAGUCCUUAGACGACAGCGAGCUGGAGAGCCCCACGGAUGAUGUUUUCUACCCUGGACGCUCGCCUGCUGCCAGCUCCUCCCAGUCCAGUGCGUGGCCCAAUGACAUGGAUGCAGUGCAGCACCAUUUGGCGAGUGUGCAGGAGAGGAAGAUAAAACAUGAAAACGAUGGCGUGCAGUUUCCUUACCAUGGACUGUCCUCGCCUGGUUCACUUAAGAAGCCGGGGAAGUUUGAUUUCAACGCCCUGACUUCCCAGACGAGGUCCCCCCGCAUGGCGUUCACACACCACCCGCUGCCUGUGCUGGCAGGAGUGAGACCAGGGAGUCCCCGUGCCUCAGCCUCAGCCCUGCACUUCCCUUCCUCCUCUAUCAUCCAGCAGUCCAGCCCAUACUUCACCCACCCCACCAUACGCUACCAUCACCACCAGGACCCGCUCAAGGAGUUUGUGCAGUUUGUGUGCACCGAUGGCACAGGACAGCCCAGUGCACAGCCUAAUGGAGGUGGCCAGAGCAAAAUGCCGGGCUCCUUCCUGCUGCCCCCGCCACCCCCGGUGGCGCGCCCUGUGCCCCUCCCCAUGCCCGACUCUAAAACCAUCAGCACGCCCACUGACGGUGGACUCAGCUCACCCGCAUCUCCGUCAUACUCCACGCCAGGCUCCACAGCUCCCAACCGGUUUGUCGGCAUCGGAACACGGGACAACUUUCUGAAUAUCCCCCAGCAGACUCAGUCCUGGUUCCUCUGACAAGGCCUCUCUGAAUCAACAGCUAAAAUUGUGUCAUGAAAAUUGGAAAUUUGAAAAGCAAACACAUCACCGCUGACAAAGAACAAACUGCUGACACUAAAAGGUCUUUCUCUCUCGCCAACACUAUUCAAAGUACUACUACAGAAGAACCCAAAAAACCCGCACCGCCCCUAGAGGACUCCCAAUUCAACGAUUUGAACAGGAACAUUCGUCCCCUUUUAUGCAGGAGGCUUCAAUGAGAUUGAGUGGACAGACUCAGAAUGCAAAGAGGAGGAAGAAGAUGAGGAACUGUCUCACACACACCACGAAAUGUCAGAAAGGAAACACAAUAUGGCAACCUGACAAAUGACCAAUUAAACAUUUAUUAUUUCUUUUUUUAAUGAUUUUUUAAAAUUUUUUUAUUUUGUUGUCUCCACAAUGAAACUCCAUGCAUUGGCUGGGAGAUCCAAAAACGAACAAGUAGUGGUAGAUGGUGAUGUCGGAUGUGCAAGCUGAAGAGAUUGCCACCCAAAUUGCACGCCUCCAUAUCUGUGUAUUUCUCUGCGCAUCUCUCCUCCAGGUACAUGAUCCCACCCGACACCCACCACCCCAAACACCCCACCUGGAGCUCGGUGCUGCUCAGGGUCGAGACCACAACCACAGCCGCAUGCCUGCGUGUCACCGCACUCUGCUGCUCGAUUCGCUCAGCCCUGAGCCUCUUUCAUUUCCCAUUGGCCAAUCAUGGUGACGCCAUCCGAUGGUGUGACACAUAUGCACUAAGUGGCUGGUCUUUGUUUACCUGUCAAAGUAUCAGGGUGUCCUGCUGUGGGAGAAGUGAUAGCCAUGAGGCGAGUGCAAGAAAGCGAACACACAACAGACAGUCAUAACACUAACUCUACAUGUGCUCUUUCGUCCCCUCACCUAUGCACUAUUAAUUUUUAAUAAGGGAUGAACAGUAUUGCACAUCGAUGGUCAGACGAGCGAUCAGAGAAGUGAGUCGAGGUCGGCUGCCGCCGCAGGGAUGGGGCUGUGCUAACAUCUGAGUCUGGGCCCUGACACAUGCAGCACUCUUACGCACACUCAUGCACACUUGCAGACAGUAAAUGCAGACCACCUUCUUCAGAACAGCCUGUCACACAACCACUCAUAAUAUCAUCUCGUUAUCAUUCUCAGAUUUGGAAUUUUACAGGAAUGCACACACAGCAUCGGCAUCAGCCUCAUAUUAUUGGCUUUAAUUUUGUUUGUAGGUGUUUUCUUGCAUUUUUUUCUUUAUUUGCCAGAUUUGGUUUUGGUUUUGUCUCACCUGGAUUAUUUUAACCUACUCUUGCAUGUCAUAACAUUUUCCUUUAGUUUGCAGUAACGUGCUAUCAUGCUCAGAUUUCAGUGAAACGGUAACAGUAGUUUCUCAAAUCUCUCACAUAUGGACAGCACAGUAACAACAGCUUAUCACAUGCGUCCCUUGCAUUGCUUCACCCACCCCUAAUCCCUUAGUCUGGUCACAGGAAAACCCAGAGGAGUACACACACACACACACACACGCACGCACAUAUAUAUAAAAUGCACACUAGCACCACCAACAACCUGACACAAGAAUAAAGGGAAGCCUUUAGAUUUGGUUCUCCAAACUGCCUUUGUUAAUGGUUUUUCAUUCAUUUAAGAUUUGUCUUUUUAAUUUGAGAUAUUUUUCUAUGUAAAUGUUCACAUUGAAAUCGCUGUUGGUAUUAUUUUCAUCAUGACACAAUCCAACAAAAGCCGACCUCACAAAAUAACUGGACUGCCUAGCUGUUGGUUCUGUUUUGCAGGGAUAGUAAACAGGGCUGAGACCCUGUUCUCAGCCUCUCUAGUAACAUUAGCUCUAUGUACUAAAACCAUAUAUCAAGACUAUAACAAUAUAUGGAAGUGCCUCUGUAUUCCCUUCAUGCAAUUAGUAAUAAACUUGACUUCAGGUUCUCUUCCCACAUAUAAGCUAAAGCUACAGGGAAUGGUAGCGUUGGUGCAUGUGGAAACCAUUGGCUUAGGACAGAUCUUUAGAGGACUGCAAGCUUUUUUUUUUUGUAAAGACAGAGAGAGAGAUCUUAUACAUAUAUAUUUAUGAUAUAUGCUCCUUUUUAACUUUUACUACAUGAGCUUGUUGGCAGUCUAGUUAUUUUCUGAACUCUCACCUCCCCCCCACAACCCGUUUCAGUAACAUCACCUUACUGUUACCAGUACGAAUCAAACGACACAUGCCAUCGCCAUCUGCAGCGCAGCAUUAUAAUACCUAGAUGAACAUGUCAAAAAUCGACAGUAGGUUUGAAGAAAAAAAGUGUUUGUUUUUUGAUGGAAAGUAUUAUUAUUGAAAAAUGUGUGUCGAUUGAGCCACGUGCAAUGCAUUGGGUAGAUCAUUGUGUUUGUCUGUUAGAGAUUUUUAAGAAAGCUAAGAGAAAAGAGAAAAAAAAAUGUAUUUGUUUCAAGUCCAUAAGCUCCGGGACUCUAAACUAGAGGGCCAUGAAAAAUCCUAGUCUUUGUAAGUUGGGGGUAUUUGUUUUUAUUUCCUUUGUCUCUUUUUUUAAUGUUUUAUGUGUAAUCAUUUGUUUAUAAAAAUGUGGGAGGGCUGAAGGAAAAAAAUCUACACAAUUACAGAAAAAAAAUUUAUCAUCAGAAAACUGGUGCUUUAACACUAUAAAGUACAUUCAGAACUAUUAUAAAUGAAUGAACAAAAAUAACUGACCAUUUAGGAAACAGCAUUAUUCCUCUCUCUAUUUGUAUUCUUCUUGUAUUGAGUAGGGGGAGAGGUUCCUAUUCCUUAAGGUUGUGACACAAAAGGCAUUUUGGUUCAACCUUUAGAAAAAAAUACAACAAACCUUUACUGUCAAGCCUAAGAAACUCUUCAGAUAAUUUACCCGCACACUGCCUGAAACCCACCAGCAAAAACAAAACAACUCUCCCGAUUCAAUUAAUUUCUAUCAAAUGCAUUGGCAUAAACACUUGACAAGCUCCUCCCUGUACUGUGGGAGAUGCUUCACAUCCAGAAACCUUUUUAUUCCCAUUAUCAUCUCGAUAUGUUUCUGAAUCGUAGAGCUGGAUAGAGCUCACCAGGCUGUGUUGAGACACCUGAAGUUGAAGUGGACUGCACAUUCACUUAAGACCUUCUGUACAGAUAACAGAAGCAACAAAGGGGCAGAAGUAGCUGAUAAUCAGGCGUAAAUAUGAGGUCUGAGCCAUUUAUGAAACAGGCAGCAAAGUGAGCCUCUCCCCUGUUCCACCCCCUCCUCUGUAAAUGACUCUUAUAGUGCUUGUGCUGUAGUGUAUAGUUUCCCAGCAGUUAAAGGUUGUCCCUUGAAAGUGCCUUUUGUUCACAGACUCCAUUUUGUAAUCCAGAUCGCCCUUUUUUUCGAAACGGCUUCGAGGUAGCAGGUUGCCCCUGAGUGCUGUAAGGAGGCAUAAAAGGUCGUCGCCCAUUUGGCGCUCAGGGACGACUUUUUCCUCCAGCUUCGAAAUGAAUCCCCACCAUUGUCCCUCCCCUUUAUCCUCUCUUCCUUUUCCAAGCUGUAUAUAUAUGUAUAUAUACGUACAUAUAUAUAUAGUACAAAAGGAAACUGGUGUGAAUUAGUUCUUUACUUUUUAUUGAUAAAUGACAAAAAAAUUUUUGAAAAGGCAAAAAAACUUGUUCUCGUUCAGCUCUUGCUUUUUUCUUCCCCUCUGUCUCCACUGUCUGUUUUCUCUUAGACACUGGAGUAGUCUGUAACUGUGUGUCCGUCACUCUCCGUCUAUCUCUCUCUAUCUCUCUCUCUCUCUAUCUCUCUCUCUCUCCCACCCUCUCCGCUGUUUGGGAGGGUGAAAAAAAAAUAUUGCCGAAAAACUUUUGUCUGAGCAGAAUGCAGUUAGCUCACAUGUUAUUCUUGUCUGUAUGCUUCACAUUGUAUUACCAUACCCAUCUUCUUCAGCUUCUCCAUUCAGCAGCUAAUGUAAGUGAACAAAUUACGCUGACGGGCUUUUGGGGGUGUCCUUGGGUGGGUUAGGAAGGGACGGCAGGGGUUCAGGGGUUCGGGUUGAAGAGGUUCACGGAGAAGAUGAAUGGGGUCGAGAGGGCUUGAUGAACUUGCUUUGGGAAGUUUUGCAAAGGGGCUGCUUGGAUUAGGAUAAGAGUUUGCUCUUUUGUUUUAGCUAUUUAUAUUUUGGCUUUGUUUUAUUCUCCCCCCUUCUCUUUUGUUUCCUUUUAAUUUGGAUUUCUUUUAAUAUUUGCUAUCAGGGUAUGCUGUCGUUUAGGCUCUCUUUGAGGGCGCCUUGGACUGUAAAGUGAAAGCUACAAGCACCUUAUCACCGGACUUGUCCUGCAUGAGGCUGAAGGAGGGGAGUUUGCAUUUCCAGGAUGAAUCCCACAUUCAUUCAAACCAACCUUUGAAAGUGAAGUAUUGUUUCUCACGGUGGGUUUCUCACAGGAAACCCUCAGCAGUAUUAGCCAUUUACAACACACCAACCAGAUAGAUAACAGACCAGCGUGAACCUGAUCUCUCAGAUGUUUUUUUAGAAGAUUCAGGGAAGUCCCUCCAUUUUUUUUCUCCUCAGAACACCUCAUGCUGGAUUGCUCCGUGUCUUUGUUCUGUUGUUUAUUUUGUUCUUUAUCUUCUUAAGUGUGUAUGGUUAUUGGUGAAUUAGGCAGCACCCUAGGCCCCCUGACUCCCAGCUCUUCUACGCCUCUGUCUGUGCCCUCAGUGCAGCACCACUUCUUUGUGAGAACACCCCCAGAGCUCUAGGUGAAAUGCAUGUGUUAAUUACAGUUUCUUUUCCAUAAGAAGAAAAACACAGUUUGAGAAGAGCAGCACCUGAUUGAAUAAAAAGGAUGUUCUUGACUGUA